AUGAUUGUUGACCAACUGCUUCCUCGAUCGACAGGCGCUUUGGUCCUGUGGCUACUUGUUGGGCUUCUCGUCAAAUUCACAUUCAACAAGUACGGAUAUGGACUGAACAAAGUGCCGGGUCCGUGGCUGGCAGGCUUCACCGAUUUGUACAGACUGUUUAUCGUCUGGGGCCGGCGGCCAGAGCUAUGGCACAUCAGGCUUCACAAGAAGCACGGAAAAAUCGUGAGAUUGGGCCCAAACACAGUCUCCAUAGCGGACCCAGAAGCCAUCAAGAUAGUCUAUGGCUUGAACUCUGGCUAUGUAAAGUCGGACUUCUACCCUGUUCAGCAGACAUUGGCUGGCGGCCGCCCGCUCCAGUCACUCUUUAACACAACUGACGAGCAAUUCCACGCCCGGCUUCGCAGAGCCGUUUCAAAUGCCUAUGCUAUGAGCACUCUGGUGACAUUCGAGCCACUGGUUGACACUACCACUGUCGCUUUCCUCGAGCAGCUGAAGAAGCGCUUCUCCGGGCUUUCGAACGGUGAAGGCAUAUGCGACUUCGGGACAUGGCUACAGUACUAUGCUUUCGAUGUCAUCGGAGAGCUGACGUACUCCAAGCGGCUUGGGUUUGUUGACCGCGGGAUUGAUGUCGAUCAUAUUAUUGGGAACCUGGAGAGACUUCUGAAUUACGUCUCUGUGGUCGGUCAGCUGCCAUUCCUGGACCGCAUCCUCUUCAAAAACCCUAUAAGGCUGUGGAUGAGCAAGAAGAAACUCCUCAACUCCAACACUCCUGUGGUUCAAUUCGCACGCGAACGCAUGGCAGACCGCAAAGACCAGAUCGAGAAAGGAAUAUCCGCCAGACCAUCAGGCCCUGGCCCAGAGAGGCGGGACUUUCUCUCACGCUUCAUUGAUGCAAGAGGAAAAGAUCCCGAGUUUAUCAGUGAACAGCGCGUAUUGGCCCUCACCGUCGCGAACAUGUUCGCAGGCUCGGAUACGACAGCCAUCAGUCUGCGGGCCAUUUUCUAUAAUCUGCUCAGGAGUCCGUCGGCAAUGCAGAAGCUUUUGGCCGAGCUGGCCAACGAGAGCGCGUCCGAGAGAUUCACUAAGAAUGAAGAAGCCAGAGAGGCUGGUCUUGUGAAGUGGAAUGAGGUUCGAGAACUGCCGUAUCUCAGCGCCGUGAUCAACGAAGCACUUCGGUGUCAUCCGGCGGCCGGUCUCCCUCUCGAACGCGUUGUGCCUGCCCAAGGUCUUCGCAUCGACGGUCACUACAUUCCUGGAGGUAGCAUUGUCGGCUGCUCGGCAUGGGUCGUGCACCGUGACAAGGGCGUCUUUGGAUCCAGACCAGACGAGUUCCGACCUGAACGGUGGAUUGAUUCCAGCCUGGAGCAGCAAGCGAAGAUGAAAAAUGCUCUGCUUUCGUUCGGGGCUGGUGCUAGAACAUGCGCAGGGAAGAACGUUUCUUUGCUGGAGAUGUAUAAGCUGGUACCCGCGGUUCUCAGGACCUUUGAAAUUGAACUGGUCGAUCCAGAAACGCCGUUGCAUCUGAAUAAUGCAUGGUUCGUCAAGCAAAGUGGCUUUCGCGUGCGUCUCCGAGAGCGAGAGAAAGUACUCUGA